UAAAUAUAAAAGUCAUUGCUUUGCUCUACUUCUUCACUUCCCUCCACCACUGACAAAAGCAAAGACCUGAGAAGAGAGAAGGACUCAUUUCUCAAUCAUUUGGGUACUUGAGCAUAGAAAAGAAAGGAACCCAUGAACCUACCAAACUGAACAAAACCCUCCCAAUGCUUAAAACAACUACAUGAGACAAACCCGCCUCACCUUUUUCUUCUCUUUCUCAAAGCUCAAAGCUUUAGGUCGACUUCUGGCAGUUUGACAAUAACUAGGUGAAGUUUACACCUGUACUUCAUAUCGAGUUGGUUUUAGUUGGUACUUAGAAAGCAGAGGGCAGCCGCCACCCUGAGCCCUAUGUUUUGAUCUUUCUGUGCAGGUGUUUCAGGUAGCUGGAUUUGAAAGGAAGAUCACAAGGACAGCAGAAACAGCAGUUUCACCUAAUAGUAAAAGAACAUGCAGACACCAAAAGCAAAAAGUGGCCCUUUGGAAGUCCCUCAGAGGAAAUCGCCAGCAACAUCUAGAACUGCCAAGACAUCUGGAUCAAAUCCUGAUUCAGUAUCCUCUCCCAAUAUGGCAACUAGAACCCCAAAAGGAAGUCCAAAAGUUGCUGAACGCAGGUCACCACGAAGUCCAAUAGCCGAGAGAAAGCUGCCAAGAAGAGUGUCAGAAUUGGAAGCACAACUUUCUCAAUUGCAAGAGGAUCUGAAGAGGGCAAAGGACCAGUUAAACUCAUCUGAGUCAGCAAAGAGACGAUGCCAGAAGGAGGCUGAAGAAGCCAAGAACCGGCUAUUAACAAUGUCUGCAAAGCUUGAAGAGUCUGAACAGCAACUUCAGGAAAUUUCUGCUUCUGAAGAUGCUCGUAUUCAAGAGCUCCGUCAACUUUCUCAGGACCGAGACAGAGCAUGGGAAUCUGAACUGCAGGCUGUUCAGCAGCAACGUUUGAUGGAUUCAACUGCGUUGGCUUCUGCUAAUAAUGAAAUUCAGAAGCUAAAAGAUCAGCUGGAAAUGGCUGCGGACUCUGAAGCCACCCAGAGCAGGCAUGCAGAUUCAGCAGAUGCCGAGGUCCAUACCUUGAGAAUGGAACUUUCUGAAACUCUCUCCGUAGUUGAGAAAUUGAAAACUGACCUGAGUGAUUGCAAAGAAUCUGAAGCAAGGGCGGUAGAACUUAUAGACAGUACCCGUCUGCAAUUGGAGAGGGCGAAUGCAACCAUUGAAUCGCUCCAAUCUGAAAGGACCAAAGGCUCAGAGUUUUACAACUCUCUAUCAAUGGAGUUGGAUCAGUCUAAAAAUCGCAUUAAAUCACUGGAGAGUCUUGUAAGCAAACUUCAGGCAGAAGUUGCUGUUAGUAACAGCAAUCAAUUGGUAAACUCUUCAGGCAAUUCUACACUGGCUCGGGCAGAUGAAGUAAAUGAAGAAACAGAACAGUUAAAGGAAGAGCUGAACUGUUUAAAAUCUGAAGUGAGUCAAUUGAGGUCUGCAUUAGAUGCGGCGGAGAUGAGGUACCAAGAAGAAUAUAUUCAGACCACACUGCAGAUUAGAAGUGCAUAUGAUGAAGUUGAAUCUACAAAAUCUGAAUCAUGUCGGAGGGAAACUGAAUGGGCAUCAGAACUGAAGCAAGUAAGGGAUCAUGUUGAAGACUUGAAAACUCAGCUGAUGGGUAAAGAAAAUGAAAUGCAGAGUAUAUUGGAGGAAAAGGACAGGCUGAGCUCGCAAAUUGAGGAAAAACAAUCAAGUCAAGGCGAGCGAUCUGAACUUGCAAUGGAGCUGAAGAAGACGGAAACUGCACUGGUAGAGUUGAAGGCCAGUUUGAUGGAUAAGGAGACAGAAUUGCAGAACAUCGCUGAGGAAAAUGAAACGUUGAAGAUUGAACUUAAAAACAAGGAAAUGGAGAGCAACAAAGCUAUUGAUAGCGCUGUUGUUUCAACUGAAGCAGCAAGGGAGGCAGAGCAAGAGGCUUUAAUGAAGAUUGACCACUUAACUGAAGAAGCUGAUAAAAGUACACAGAAAGUUGCACGAGUGACUGAACAGCUGGAUGCAGCACAGGCUGCAAAUUCUGAAUUGGAGGCUGAGUUAAGGAGAUUAAAGGUGCAGUCGGACCAGUGGAGGAAGGCUGCUGAGGCGGCUGCUGCUAUUCUUUCAACAGGAAACAAUGGAAAGUUUGUUGAGAGAACAGGUUCGCUUGGCAGCCACUACAAUCCCUUGAGCUCACCUUAUUCAGACGACUUGGACGAUGACUCACCAAAGAAGAAAAAUGUGACCAUGUUGAAGAAGAUUGGUGUUUUAUGGAAGAAGGGCCAAAAGUAGAUGGAAUCAUGCUGCAGAUCUCAUAUCAUUAUCGGUUAUUAUCGUUAUGUUUUGCUCUGUAUGUCCUGUUCUGUAAUUUUCCUAAAAACUGUUUUCUUGACGGUCUCAAAGGUGUCAGCACCUGAGUUUCAGAUGAAGUUCAAGACGAUUCAUUGCAGAUUGUAUAGAUGUGUGGAAACUACCGAAUUAUCAACUAUUAAGGCACCCCUUUCCCUUUUGUAUGCUGUGGCCUAUUGAUGAACUUGAUUAGUUUUGUAUCUAGAUUAUAUUUCAGUUAAAAGUUUAUCUUAGAAUAUAUGUAUGAACAGGCCAGACGAUAAUAAAAUGGAAAGAAGCAU